AUGAAGAUUUUUUGUGUGAUCAACAACAAGGAUCACCUUAAAAAAUUUGCACCGAAAUCAGAUGAAGGCAUUUUCCUGGGCUACACACCCAAUAAAGUUGCCUACCAGCAUCUCAUUAGACGCACAAGACUCAUAGUAGAAAGCAUCGAUGUCAAAUUUGAUGACCACUAUGUACGCAACACUGCUCUGUCAACUGAAACAAAAGCAAUCCUGGAAAGUGAUAUCCCAACCUCUUCGGGUCCCUUAAACAUAUUUGAAAUAAACUAUGAUGACCUUUUUGACCCCGCAGAGACUGCUCGUCUCUCUGAAAUCCUGGUGUCUCCGGUAGCUCAACAAAAACAUGCUGAAGUAUCUGGUCCAACCUUAUCUGAAGAUUUCUCACUCAAUACUUCCACCUCACCGGUUGAGGGGGAAAGUUCAACUCUGGUUCCUAUGACAAACAUCGAGGUUCCAGUACUAGAAGAUGCAGCUCCGGUGUCUAACCACAAAAUCUCAAUUCCAUCAAAUGUAUCUUCAAAAUCUGAGGAUGAAGAGGUUGAAAACAAAGACAAAUGA